AUGUAUAAAGUUAGUCCAACAGGAGAUUUAAUUUUUCUUAGAUUGUUACUUUUACAAGCAAAAGGAGCAAAAUCUUGGGAGGAUUUGCGUACUGUUAAUGGAAUAGUUCUUGAAACCUUUCGUGAAGCGUGUGUUUUUAAUGGUUUGUUGCAAGAUGACACUGAAUGGCAGAAUACUCUUUCUGAGGCAGUUUUAACGCGAAUGCCUAAGCAAAUCAGGCAGCUGUUUUCAAUUAUUUUAACCUUUUGUGAACCUGAUGACCCUUUGCAUCUUUGGAAUUCAUACAAAGCCUUUAUGAUGGAGGAUUUUAAUCAUCGCCAAGUUCCAUUUAUAUUAGCUGAACAAGCUACUCUUCUUCAAAUCGAAAAGAUUAUUAAUCAAAGUGGUAAAAUGCUACCUGAUUAUAAUUUGCCUGUUGUUGAUGAAAUCAUAGAUUUUAUUCAAGAAAAUUUAAAUAAUAAUGUUCAGCAAUCAAUUGACGAAGCUAAUCGAAUGAGACCGCUUCUUAAUGUCAAUCAAUUCAAUGUAAGUAAUGCUGUCUUUGCUGCAUUGAACGAGCAACCAUGUGUAGAAAAUCAAAAUUCCAGAUUGUUUUUUAUGGAUGGACCAGCCGGUAGUGGCAAAACUUUUACAUAUAACUAUUUGAUUGCUGAAAUGAACAGUAGGGGUGUUAAAUCUGCUACAGCUGCAUGGACUGGCAUAGCAGCAACUCUUCUUACAAACGGAUCUACGCUGCACGGGUUAUUUAAACUUCCUGUCCCAAUACUGGAUAACAGCACAUGUAAUGUGACUCCUAACUCUAUUCAGGGACAAAUUUUAUGGCAAGUUAGUUUGUUUAUGCUUGACGAGACAUCCAUGAUUCCCAAACACGCUUUAAAUGCAAUGGAUCGAUUGUUAAAAGAUGUUUGCAACAACAACUUUCCAUUUGGAGGAAAAGUCAUUCUUUUUGGUGGUGACUUUAGGCAAAUUUUGCCUGUUGUGAAAAGAGGGAGACCAACUGAAGUUGUAGAAUCAUGUAUAAAAUGUUCUUUACAGUGGCAAUGGGUGCAGAAGUUUACAUUAACUCAAAAUAUGAGAGUACGUGAUGGAGAAGGAGAUUUUUCCGAAUGGCUGUUAAAACUUGGUAGUGGAACAAUACCUGGCAAGGAGGAAGAUCCUUUUAAGGGAUGUAUUGAAAUACCGCAACAGUGCAUUAUUAGAGAAAACGAAUCAAUUGUUGAAAAAAUAUUUAGAGAUGCUCAACAAGAUGAUUAUGCUAAACGUGUCAUUUUAACACCCACCAACGUGGAUUCAUUGUCAAUCAAUGAAGAAGUGCUUGAACGUCUACAUGGAGAGGUCAAAACUUAUUUAAGUGCUGAUCAAAUAGACACUGAUGAUCUUAAUGAAAUAAAUAAUUUCCCUGUUGAGUUUUUGAACAGCCUAACUACUUCAGGUAUGCCUACUCAUUGUUUAAAGUUGAAAAUUGGUUGUGUAAUUAUGCUACUUAAAAAUUUAGAUCUUAAAGCUGGGCUGUGUAAUGGAACCCGAAUGAAAGUUUGUGCUCUCCAAAACAAUUAUAUUGAUGCAGAGGUUUUGACAGGUGUUUCUGAAGAUCUUAAAGCUGGGCUAUGUAAUGGAACCCGAAUAAAAGUUUAUGCUCUCCAAAACAAUUAUAUUGAUGCAGAGGUUUUGACAGGUGUUUCUGAAGGUAAACGGGUAUUUGUUCCUCGAAUUCAGUUUGCUCCAUCAGAUUCUAAUUUACCUUUUGUUCUAAAACGUUGUCAGUCUCCUGUCAGAUUAGCUUAUUCGAUGACAAUCAAUAAAAGUCAAGGUCAAACAUUUGAUAGAGUUUGA